AUGGAUCUAACCUGCACUGCUGGCCUACUGGAAAAAGAAGCCCGGAGAAAGAGAAUUAUUCUAAACCAGAGUCAAAAGGACACUCUUCAUGUGUGGUUUGAAAAGAAUCCCAAUCCUGAUUUAGCUACCAGGGGACAUCUGGCUAAGGAACUCGGCAUCUCUGAGUCUCAAAUUAUGACUUGGUUUCAAAAGCACAGAAAAAUACGGAAGCAAGUAGAGUUUGCAUGUUGCUCUGAAGAAAGCCAAGAGCAGGAACAGGAGAAACCUAAAGUUAAAGAAGCUAGAAGGAGCAGAACGCAUUUCUCAAAGUUCCAGAUUGAUAUUCUAAUUGAAGCUUUUGAGAAGAAUCGAUUCCCUGGAAUUGUUACCAGGGAAAAACUGGCUCAAGAAACAGGCAUCCCGGAAUCCAGAAUCCAUAUAUGGUUUCAGAACCGGAGAGCACGGCACCCAGACCCAAGUCAGAGCACUCAGGCCGCUCCUCAUCCGCCCCAGAGCAGCCAGAGCCCUGCCCAGAAGACUGCUGGUCAACUCACUCCUUCCAAAGCUCUCACCAGCAGCAGUUCAAUUAUACUGCCUCUUUCUCCACCCCACACACCAAAUGGUCCUUUGGAUCUCUCUAAGGGCCGUCAGAGGCAGCUACCAGGGACCACAGUACUACAACCCUCCCAGGUUGUGCAGCAAGGGGGUGAUGAUCAAAAUCCCUCGUUGUUUGUUGGUCACUUAUCACCGGUAAAAACUCCAGGAGAGGAGAACGUCCAUACUCAGCCUCCUUUAAGGCUCCUAAUCCAAAAAGGAGGACAUAAUCCCGGUGAGAACAGUGGUCUGGCUGAACUGCCCUUACAAGAUUCUACUCAGGUUCCAACUGUCAAUCACCACCUCUUGAAACUGGACCAAAAAGACUCUGCCUUUCUUCAACACUGGGAUGAAUGGUUCCUAUCCAUGCUUGCUGAAUGGGUGCCUGACAAAGAAUACUGGUCUGAGAAAAGUGAGCUGCAUCCCUGA